AUGUCCAAGACCCCCGACGUGAAUGAACUUGUCAGCUUGAUAAAAAAGCAACAGGACGAAAUGAAGGCCCAGAACGACCUUAUUUUCAGCCUUCUCCAGGCUACCCUGAAAACAACCGCCCCCACUGUUGCCAACGCCCCGACUGACCCAUCUUGUGUCGUGGCAGCGUUAUCGGCACGCAUACCCAUGUUCGAAUACGAUCCGGAAGCCGGGAAAACUUUUUCCAAAAAUGGAUUAACCGAUAUGGAGAAGUUAUCACGGUUGAAGGAAAAGUCCCUCGACGAGACUACGCAAGUCAGGCUUCUACUCAACAAAUUACCCGACGAAAUCUAUGAGCAAUUUGCUGCAAAGAUUUGUCCCAAGAACCCCUCCACGGAAUCUUAUGCGGACGUAGUCGCUACGCUGAGCGACUACUUCGAUGUUAAAAGAUCCCUGCUGUCCUGGAGAUUCGCAUGCACGCAAAUGAGUCGUCUGGAUGAAAAUCCAGCGGCUUACACGUCCCGUAUCAAUGAAACCUGCGAAAAGGCCAUGUUGAAAGACAUCACCCCAGAAGAAUGGAAAACAUUCUUUUGGAUUAAGGGCCUUGACGCAGCAGGAGACACUCAGAUCCGUGCCCAUUUCAUCAAGUUCAUGGAACGAAGAGUAGAAAGCAAACAACCCACCACCAUCAUGGACCUCUGCGAAGAAUGGCUGAGGAUUCAACGGCAGAAAACUGAAGUCCAAGAACUUGGACAGAAGAGAGUUCUCGAGUUGAAGACCAAAGCCUCCCCCAAAACCCCGGUAGCUUCAGAAGGAAAUCCUAUGAACAGGAUGACCUGUUGGAAUUGCGGCAGAGACGGGCACUCCUCACCCGUUUGUCGCAAUCCCAAAUCCACCUGCGACAAGUGUCAUCGAAAGGGACACGGCGAAAUUCUGCAAGUCCACCCGCGUCACCAACCCCAGGAAAUCGACUACGUCAAAGCCGAACACCUGGACCCGGUGCAAAGCUGUCACAGUUGCCAACGCAGAAUCCCCCCAAGUGCAAGCCGUCCGACGCUUUAUCGAUGUCGAAGUCGAUGGCGUCCAAAUCCCAUUCCAAAUGGACACCGGCAGCGAUUUGACUCUGGUCGGAACCCCCGAGUGGGAACGACUAGGCAAACCGCCCUUGGAAAACGUCCCUUUCCGAGUGAAGAAUGCUAGCGGAAGCGACAUGGACAUCAAAGGCCGCUUCAAGUGCAACUUCCAGUUGAAGGAUUCUCACGCCAGCGGCUAUGCCUACGUGAGGAAUUCCGGAAACUUACUCGGAUUGGACUGGCUUGAAAAAUCCACCCACAUGAACUACCACCUUGACCAAAUGAUCAAUUCCAUCGAGAACGGUAGACCGUUCGGUGAACAGCUGAAGGAAGAAUUUCCGGAAGUGUUUGCUGAAGGUCUAGGGAAAUGCAAUAAAGAGCAAGCAAAGCUUAUCUUGAAGGACAAUGCAAAUCCAGUCUUCAAGCAAAAGCGCCCCGUCCCCUAUGGCUCCCUGGCAGCAGUCGAAGGCGAACUGAAUCGUCUUCAGCAGCUAGGCGUCAUUGAACCCGUUACCCACAGCCAAUGGGCCGCACCCGUCGUGUGCAUUAAAAAGGCCUCAGGGAAGAUCCGAGUCUGUUCUGACUUCAGCACAGGACUCAACUCAGCAUUGGAAGACGAAGAAUAUCCCUUGCCCACUUCCGAAGAGAUCUUCGCCAAUUUGAACGGAGGAUCCGUUUUUACCCAAAUCGACCUCAGCGACGCGUAUCUGCAAGUUGAGUUAGAUCCUGAAUCCCAGCCCUACGCCGUCAUCAACACCCACAAAGGCCUUUUUCAAUACAAAAGGCUACCAUUCGGAAUCAAGACGGCUCCGGCGAUUUUCCAGAAAAUCAUGGACAAAAUGAUUACUGGAUUGAAUGGCGUGGCCGUUUACUUGGACGACAUCAUCGUAGUUGGCCGUUCCCAAGCCGAACAUCGCGAAAAUGUUCGGAAGGUCUUCGCCCGUAUCCGUGAAUACGGUUUCCAUCUUAAACUUGAUAAAUGCGCUUUCGAACAAAGCGAAAUCAAGUAUCUGGGAUUCAUCCUCAAUGCUUCUGGACGCCGACCGGAUCCUGAAAAGGUGAAGGUUAUCCACAACAUGACCCCUCCGAGAGACCAGAAGGUUUUAAGGUCAUUUCUCGGAAUGAUUUCCUACUACGGACAAUUCAUCCCCAACAUCAAAGCAUUGCGAGGACCCUUGGAUCGACUUCUGGUCCAAGAUGAGGAUUGGAGGUGGACUAGAAUUGAAGAGCGUUGCUUUCAAAAGCUCAAAGACGUCUUGUCCUCCGAUCUGAACCUUGUUCAUUUUCAUCCGAAGCACCAAAUUGUACUGGCCGCCGACGCCAGCGAGUAUGGCAUAGGCACAGUCAUUUCCCACAUCAUGCCCGAUGGCACCGAAAAGCCUAUUGCGCAUGCAGCAAGGUCCCUUACCGAAACGGAAAAAAAGUACUCUCAAAUCGAAAAGGAAGCCUUGGCUCUCAUUUUUGGAGUGAAGAAGUUCCACAAAUUCAUCUAUGGAAGACGCUUCACUCUCCGCACUGACCACAAGCCCCUUUUAUCCAUCUUUGGAAACAAGAACGGAAUUCCUGUUCACUCCCAAAACCGGCUUGUGCGAUGGGCGAUCAUCCUGCUCGGAUACAACUUCCACAUUGAAUACGUCAACACCGAUAAGUUCGGGCAAGCCGAUGCCUUGUCCCGAAUGAUCCAACAUCAGGAGGCCCUUCAACAAGACGACUUUGUCAUCGCGAAAGUGGAAGUAGAAGUUCAAGAAGUGCUUCGAUCCAGCAUUCGAAGACUUCCCCUGACCAACGCGGACGUUCAAACCGCUACUCGUCAGGACAAAGACCUCCAACACCUCAUGAAGUUCGUGAGAUCCGGAAAAUUCCCUACCAACAUCCCUCCGAAUUUGCGUUCAUUUGCAUCAAAACGAGAUGAAUUGAACGUAGUCGAAGGCUGUCUCAUGGUCGGCGAACGAAUCGUCAUUCCCAAGACCUUACAGCGAGAAGUUCUCCAAGAACUCCACGCUUCACACGCAGGAAUGGAUCACAUGA